AAGAGCCGCGCCUUGCCCAGCUGACCUUACAGCCUUCCAUCAAUGCAACUGAGUCACAGGCCCUGGAUUUCCAACAACUCUUUCUUCAGAGUCCAACACUGGAUGACCUAGGCCCAAUGGAGGUUCGGUACACAGAAGAGGGUCCUGGACUUGGGAUCUUCAGAACAGAGUUGGGAGACCGGCGGCAACCCAUCUCCCAGUCCCAGCGCUGGUGCUGCCUGCAGCGUGGCUGUGCCAUUCUGGGAGCCCUGGGGCUGCUGGCUGGAGCAGGGGUCGGCUCAUGGCUCCUAGUACUGUAUCUAUGGCCAGUUGCCUCUCCCCCCAUCUCCGGGAUCUUGCAGGAGGAGGAGAUGAAUCUGAGCUGUCCAGGAGUCAGCAGGGAGGAAGAGCUUCUCUCAUCGCUUCCCAAAACAGUAUCUUUCAGAAUCAUGGGCGAGGAUCUCCUGCUUGAAGUGCAAACAAGGGCUCGGCCAGACUGGCUCCUGGUCUGCUAUGAGGGCUGGAACCCUGCCCUGGGGAUGCGCAUUUGCCAGAGUCUUGGGCACCUCAGGCUCGCUCAGCACAAGGCAGUGAAUCUGUCUGACAUCAAGCUCACCAGAUCCCGGGAGUUCGCUCAGCUGUCUGCUAGACCGGGAGGUCUCCUCCAGGAGGCAUGGCAGCCCAGCGCUAGCUGUCCUUCUGGCCGAAUUGUUUCUCUCAAAUGUUCUGAGUGUGGGGCAAGACCUCUGGCUUCUCGAAUAGUUGGCGGUCAGGCGGUGGCUUCUGGGCGCUGGCCAUGGCAAGCGAGUGUGAUGCUUGGCUCCCGGCACACAUGCGGGGCCUCUGUGCUGGCACCCCACUGGGUAGUGACUGCUGCCCACUGCAUAUACAGUUUCAGGCUGUCCCGCCUGUCCAGCUGGCGGGUGCAUGCAGGCUUGGUCAGCCACAGUGCCGUCCGACAACAGCAGGGAGCAAUGGUGGAGAAGAUCAUUCCUCACCCUCUGUACAGCGCCCAGAACCAUGACUAUGAUGUGGCUCUCCUGCAGCUCCGGACUCCGCUCAACUUCUCAGACACUGUGGGCGCUGUGUGCUUGCCGGCCAAAGAGCAGCAGUUUCCAAGAGGGUCGCAGUGCUGGGUGUCUGGCUGGGGCCACACCGACCCCAGCCAUACUCAUAGCUCAGACACGCUACAGGACACGGUGGUACCUCUGCUCAGUACCCACCUCUGCAACAGCUCAUGCGUGUACAGCGGAGCACUCACACACCGCAUGCUGUGUGCUGGCUACCUGGACGGAAGGGCAGACGCAUGCCAGGGGGACAGCGGGGGACCCCUUGUGUGUCCCAGUGGUGACGUGUGGCACCUUGUAGGGGUGGUCAGUUGGGGUCGUGGCUGUGCAGAGCCUAAUCACCCAGGUGUCUAUGCCAAGGUAGCGGAGUUCCUGGACUGGAUCCAUGACACCGUGCAGGUCCGCUAGCUACAGGAGAAGCAGCUGCCAUCUCUGAUGCCGAACUGUGGAUCUCCCGUGGAUCGUCCCAGACUGAGGGCCAGCAGCUGCAGCACUGGCCUCUCUUCUAAGGCUCUGAUUUCUCCUUCCUCUUUCUCACCUGAGCUGAGCGCUUCCGCAGCAGGAAGGAGGCUGGGGCUGGGGUGAGAAUGAUGAGGAAAGGAAGGGAUAAGAGGAGACGCAACAGAUGAGAUUUCUGGAAGCAUCGGGGAAACUGGUCCUCUGCUCUCCCUGGACUCCAUUGCAUCCAUCAGGAGGAUGCUGGAGGUGCCCUGCUUUCUCCCAGGGGCCUCAGGAGGGCUAAGUCCAACUCUAGAGGAUGUCCUAUCUCAAGGGCUCCUGGGCAGAUGAGGCCAAGGUUGGACCAACUCAAGUAAAGACAUAGAAGUCAGGAUCCCCACCCUAUCCCACUAUUCCUGUUCUGAGCUAACGCUAGUAGCCCUGCAUGAGGCAGGAAUCUAUAAGGCAAGAAAGACGGAGUUGGACUAGGAUGCCAUUUUUCAAAUGACAGUUCUGUGAACUGGUUGAAGGAGUUUUGUUAUUAAAUGGAAAUUAUAUAUAAUCUUGGUCAAGCCCCCUCCCCCCCUUGUAUUAACUACUUUUGUCACUGCUGUGACGAAAUACAUGACCAAAGGAAUUUAUUUACUUAUUUAUUUAUUUUGGUUUUUCAAGACAGGGUUUCUCUGUAGCUUUGGAGCCUGUCCUGGAACUAGCUGUUGUAGACCAGGCUGGCCUCGAACUCACAGAGAUCCACCUGCCUCUGCUUCCUGAAUGCUGGGAUUAAAGGCGUGCGACACCACCGCCCGGCCCAAAGGAGUUUAUUUUGGCUCAGAGACAAAAGAUGCACCCGCCUGGCCCAAAGGAGUUUAUUUUGGCUCAGAGACAAAAGAUGCGGUCCACUGUGCAGAGGAGGGUCCUAGAGUGGCUGGGAGCAGGGAGAGAUGACGUCGGUGUUUUCGUCUUGGACCUCAGCUUGUGGCUUAGUACCACUCACAGUCAUGGCAGGACUCAGUCACGCCUCUCUGGAAACUCCCUACCUCACAGACGUGCAUAGAGGUGUGUUUCCCAGGCAAUUCCAAAUCCAGAAUACUCGACGGUGAAGAUUAACCGACACACUGUCAUGCGUGUUUCUGAGCAGAAGUGCAGUUUUCCCUGUACGUGUUUCUUGGAACGUAGAUACUGACCCCAGCUCGUCAACUCCAGAAUUUGGCAGGUCCCUAAUUAUUAGAUUAUUUAAGUUAGUUAAACCUCUAUGUCACCAUCUGCAGCAAAAAAAAAGACCAACUGUCUAGGGGCUCUGAGACUUUGAGCACCACUGAGGUCAGUGCGCUUAGGGAAGGCUGUUCUCGCCACAGGGUUCAGGUUUUCCCCUUAGCUCUUUUUUGGGGGAACUGAACCUUUCAGCUUGGGGGAUUUCUUCCUGAGUUUAUCCCCAGUUAGCAUUUCCCCUGUGAAGCUUCCCUCCUAUACUCUCUGGUCUCUAGCAAUUAAAAUGCAAUGGCUAUCUUGUUUCCAAAAAAUCUCAAUGAAUUUUUUAUGGUGCUUACCCGAGGAAAUACAAUUAGCAUUAAGCAAU